AUGCCUGCUUUCAAACUCGAAACCUGCGCGCGGCCCAACAUUAUCGCCCUGCAGCCCUACCGCUGUGCGAGAGACGACUACAAAGACGACGGCUCAAAUGUCCUCCUCGACGCCAACGAAAACGCCUACGGGCCUUCCCUCGCCCCGGCCGAUGCCGCCGCCGCCGCCUCCUCCCUAGCCGGCUUCGACCCUCUCGGCCUGCACCGCUACCCCGACCCUCACCAGCACGACCUCAAGCAGCAGCUCUGCACGCUGCGCAACACCCACCACCACACGGAGCGCACCAUCACCCCCGACAACCUCUUCGUCGGCGUCGGCAGCGACGAGGCCAUCGACGCCCUGCUGCGCUGCUUCUGCGUCCCCGGUAGGGACCGCAUCCUCACCUGCCCGCCCACCUACGGCAUGUACGCCGUCUCGGCCCAGGUCAACGACGUGGCCACCGUCAAGGUGCCGCUGCGGCCGGCCCCCGACUUCGCCCUCGACGUGCCUGCCAUCACCGCCGAGCUCACGCGCACCCCCGACGUCAAGAUCGUCUAUCUGUGCUCCCCGGGCAACCCGACCGGCUCGCUGCUCGCCAAGGCCGACGUCGAGCAGAUUCUCGCUCACCCGACCUGGAACGGCAUCGUCGUCCUCGACGAAGCCUACAUUGACUUUGCGCCCGAGACGGCCUCCCUCGCCGAGCUCGUCGCCGACCACCCCAACCUCGUCGUCAUGCAGACGCUGUCCAAGGCCUUUGGCAUGGCCGGCAUCCGCCUCGGCGCCGCCUUUGCCUCGGCGCCCGUCGCCCGCCUGCUCAACUCGCUCAAGGCGCCCUACAACAUCUCGAGCCCGACGAGCGCGCUGGCUUCCUGCGCCCUCGCGGGCAAGGGCCUCGCCGUCAUGCGCCAGAACCGUUCGCACCUCGCGGCCCAGAGGGACCGCAUGCUGCGCGAGCUGCCCAACGUGCCGGGCGUCGGCCGCCUGCGCGGUGGCACCGACGCCAACUUUCUGCUCUUUGAAAUUCUCAACGCCCAGGGCGCACCCGACAACGCCAUCGCGCUGGCCGUCUACGAGGGCCUCGCCGAGAUCGAGGGCGUCGUCGUCCGUUUCCGCGGCCGCGAGCACGGUUGCCACGGCUGCCUUCGCAUCACCGUCGGCACCGAGGAAGAGGUCACGCGCCUGCUGGCGUCUUUGCGCCAACAGCUCGCCGACGUGAGGCAAGCGUUGGCUCACGACACCAACGGCGCCAACGGCACCAACGGCACCAACGGCACGAAUGGCACGAAUGGCACGAAUGGCACGAAUGGCACGAAUGGCACGAAUGGCACGAAGGGCACGAAGGGCACAAAUGGCACGAAUGGCACGAAGGGCACAAAUGGCACGAAUGGCACGAAUGACACGAAUGGCACGAAUGGCACCAACGGCUCUGACGGUUCCAACGGCACCAACGGCGGCGUCGCAUGA